AUGAGCCGGGACAACCGCAGGAGCCAGACUCUGGACCUGAAGCUGAACCUUUCGCUGAUGCCGGCCAGGGGGGACGCGUCGAGAAGGAUGGGCGUCGCCGAUGACGCCUCCCCGGCGAGCUCAUGUUUGACGACGGCGUCGUCGUCGUCGGAGGCCGAGCUGGGGAUGAUGACCCCGGUGAGCACAGAGGUGGCGACGCCCAUGGUGCUCGCCGGCUGCCAGCGGUGCCUCAUGUACGUCAUGCUCUCUGCGGACGACCUCAAGUGUCCCAAGUGCUGGAGCACCGCCCUCAACUUCUUCCACAACACCACCACCAAGAACAAGAAGAACAGCAGCAAGAAGAGCAGGAUGUGCUAA